ACGCCUCUGUGUCUGUGUGUGUGUGUGCGUGUGUGUGUGUGUGCGUGUGGCUGGGUUGGGCGGGGGCUGGGUUGAUGAUGCAUUGAUAAAGAACUUGGAUCUUUUUGCUCAACUGGUUUUUUUGGACUCUGGAAGUGGGAGUGCCCUGGGCCAGACUAGCUUCCUCUCUUCCUCUCUCCUUCAGUGUGUGUUUACCUCUCUCAGCCUCUCCUCUCUCUCUCUCUCUCUCUCUUCGGCAGAAGCACGAGUCUCAACACACCGCAACAUGUUUUUUGCAAAGAGCUUAAUCAAAGGCAUCAUUGAUGUUGUGAGCAACAUCGACCCGGCUCAGUUCAAGUCCUCAGACCCUCCUCCUCCUCGCAGACCUCUGAACUUCGCAGAGUCCCAUGAGAACGAUGAGGAGAAAAAGUUUCGGAGAGUUUUCCAGCAGCUGGCCGGAGAGGACAUGGAGGUGAGCCCCAAUGAGCUGAUGGACAUCCUCAACAAAGUCCUGGGCAAACAUGGAGGCCUGAAGACCGACGGUUUCAGCAUCGAGUCCUGCAGGAGCAUGGUCGCUGUCAUGGACAGUGACAGCACAGGUAAACUGGGCUUCCACGAGUUCAAAUACAUGUGGAACAACAUCAAGAAGUGGCAGGCUGUCUAUUUAAAAUACGAUGCAGAUGGUUCAGGUACAAUCAACUCUGGUGAACUGCCAAAGGCCUUUGAGGCUGCAGGUUUCCCUCUGAAUGACCAGCUCUACAAGCUGAUUAUCCGUCGCUAUAGCGAUGAGCACGGCAGCAUGGACUUUGACAAUUUCAUUGGCUGCCUGGUGCGACUCGACGCCAUGUGCAGAGCCUUUAAGACCCUGGAUAAGGACAACAGUGGCUCCAUCGACCUGGACAUCAAGGAGUGGCUUCAGCUGACGAUGUACUCAUGAAGCGAUGGAGGGAAGCUGCCCCGCAACAAAAACACCUUCUUCUCCUCUUUCAUCUCAUCCCUCGCUCCCUCUCAUUACAUUCCUACCAUUGUCUGGCAGGGUGGCACCCGAGCCUGAGGGGUGUGUGUGUGUGUGUGUGUGACACGUGUGUGUGUGUGUGUGUAUGUGUGUGCUUGUGGAUGUGCAAUAGUGUUUGAAUGCCCCCCCCCCCCUUCGUCAUCACGGUAAUGGGACCACAAUGUCAGCGUUGGAGCUAAAGCGAAGGGGAAGAAUCAAAUCAAACAAAAAGUUACAGAUGCCUUUGUUUCACAUUUUUAGGGCAAAGUUUCAAAGAUCUUGAUUUUUUAGAAUCAGAAAGCGAAUAAAGUGACACAACUGACAAUGAA